AGGCUCCGAGCCAUGGCGGCCGCGGCGGGGCCCUGGGCGCGCGGCCUGUGGCGCGCCUGCAACGGGCUCAUGGCGGCCUUCUUCGCGCUGGCCGCCUACGUGCAGGUCAAUGAUCCAGACGCAGAACUGUGGGUGGUGGUAUACAUGAUACCUGCAGUACUGACCCUGCUGGUUGGAUUUAACCCUCUUGUCACAGGUAACUUUAUUUGGAAGAGUGUCUCUGUGAUACACAUGCUAUUUUGCAUGGUGUGGGCUGUUGGCUUGGGAUACUACCUCCUGCUUCAUACGCAACAGAACAUCUUACAUGAGGAAGAAGGCAGGGAGCUAUCUGGCCUGGUGAUCAUCACAGCAUGGAUGACCCUGUGCCACAGUUCAGCAAAGAGUCCAGCUAGCGGAAGAAUCCAGCUGGGUAUUGCCAUUGUAAUCACUCUUUUCCCACUUAUUUCCUGGGCCUACGUCUACGUGAACAAGGAGAUGAGGUCCUCUUGGCCAACUCAUUGCAAGACAGUAAUUUAAAUGAACUCAAGAAUUGUGUUUUUUAAAAUAGUGUUUUUAAUCCUUUACAAGUAUCAGUGAAACAGGACAGUUUCUGUGUUCAGGAAAUUUGAGAAAAUAUUAGAGAUGAUUUAAGGGCCUUAACUUUUUGCAGGCUGUCUACAAUAUAAUGUAAGAUUGAAUAGGACAAGUAAGAAAUGGGGUCAGACAUUCUCUGGAAGGGUGUUGUGCCAUAGUGUAGUGGAAACAGUACUAGAACAAAAGCUAAGAAAUAUCUAUGUCCUAGUAGAUAUUUCCUUAUAUGUAAAAUUGAGUUAAUUCCAAAUCCCUUACAUAGUUACUCCAACCAAACUAGAUCAUAAGAAAGCUCUCAGAAAAUAGAAAGUGCUUGCAGAUUACAACAGGCUGCAUAUGAUUAAAACAGGGGAGCAGAGGUUGGAUAAUAUAUUGAGAUAGAGGUAGGUUCAAGAAAGGGCUAAAACACUGACCUAAUCCCAUUAUACUGAACUGGUACAGUGGCGUGAACCAAAUAAACAAGCGUGUCUUAGAAAGAGAAGUUGUGUAGGAAAAAGGAAUUUGAGAACAAUCAAGAAGGAAAUAGGCACAAGAGAAUAUUAAUUACUCAUAACUUCUCACAAUUCUAAAUGAGAAAUAAGCCCAAAAUCCAUGCACAUUUUUUUCAAGUGAAUGUCCGAAAUGAUCCUAGAAGGAGAGCAUUUCAGGGUGACACUCUCCAAUAUGGCGGCUGUUAGCCACACUGCAAACGAGCAUGUGAAAUGGAAACUGGGUGACCAAGAAAGUACAUUUUUAAUUUUUUCUAUUUUAAUUUAAAAAUUGAUUUUUCAAUUGUUAGAAAACAUUUAAAUAUGCUUGGAACAACUUGGGCAUGUGAAUCUACAUUUUCAACUAUCCAUUUUGAUAUCUUAAAUACAAAUUAAGUAUUUAAAAAAAAUGUAGUGUCCAAAUGGAUGGGCUAUAAGUGUAAAAUACUAGAUUUUAAAACAUUGUACAAAAAGAAUGUAAAAUAUAUUUAUAUUGAUUACAUACUGAAAAUAUUUUUAAGAUAU